CAGAUCAUCCGUCUCCAUACCCCCCCUGUCCCCUACAGCUGCCUCUUUUAACCCAACUACCUGCAUGUCCUCCCUCACCACAUCCGUGGCCACCAUUAUCAGGGCAUUCAGACAACACAACAGAGUUGAAAGAAUGCCACAUAGAGGUGGGAGGGUUGCCAUAUUUACAGCGGCACAAGAAACCCUCAUUGUGGAUAUGGUUCAUGAGAACAACCUCAUCAGACUCCUGGAGAUCAGAGACAAAGUCAUUGCCGAUAAUGUCAACUUUAAUGAUGUCAGCUUGGCCACAAUAGACCGAGUUCUCCGGCGCCAAAAGAUGCGGCUGAAACAGGUCUAUAGGGUUCCCUUUGAGCGCAACUCUGCGCGACACAAAGACCUACGUUACGAGUAUGUGCAAAGGAUAUUACAGUUGGACACGAUGGCCAGACCUCAUGAGUACCUCUUCCUGGAUGAGGCUGGCUUCAACCUGCAGAAACAAAAGCAAAGAGGCUGUAACAUCAUUGGCCAAAGAGCAAUCACUGAGGUUCCUGGCCAACGGGGGGUUGAAAGAAUGCCACAUAGAGGUGGGAGGGUUGCCAUAUUGACAGCGGCACAAGAAACCCUCAUUGUGGAUAUGGUUCGUGAGAACAACCUCAUCAGACUCCUGGAGAUCAGAGACAAAGUCAUUGCCGAUAUUGUCAACUUUGAGAGCAUUGAUGAUGUCAGCUUGGCCACAAUAGACUGA